AUGGACCAUUCCGAAUUUGUAGCUCAUUGUCCGUUGUCAAUGUGUAUGGGAUUUUUCGAACGGUAUCGGCGUACACUGAUCAACUGUAAGCAAACACUCAUACUCAUCCGAUCAAAUGCCGACCACUGCGCCGUAACAUUGGUACCGGCAAAAGACGAAGCAGAAAAAGCUUCGGUGUUAACCGCAGAAAAUAUUGCGUUGAUUAGACAAACCAAAGUGAAUAUCACAAAAAUUAAAUGGGUCGUGAAAUACUUUGAACCAAAUGUUAAAAGGGAAUUGGGUCUGUUGCGCAUACUCGACAGCAAGAAAUGGUUACCGUUAGAGUUUCAACAUUGGGACACUGCUGUAUACCCCCUUGUACCACAUACCACCACUCAUACAUGGCCAAUGCGUACGUUCUCGGGUGUUGAAAAACCUAGGUACUUACUCGUAGCCAUGGUCACAGAUGCCAAUAAACGGGUACACGGUGAAUUUAAUCAUUGUUUCCUGCGUAACAUCAAGGCAUACUUGAACGCUGAGGAGUACCUGUACGAAAACCAAAAUGCAGAUUUCGACAAAGGCAAAUUCUCGAUAUUUUAUAAUUCGUACGCACAAUUUCAAUCAAUGUACUAUCGAGAGAUGAACCCAUACCCUUUUUUGGAUCGAAUCAGCUACAAAAAAAUCGGACCUAUAUUCGUCAUAGAUUGUUCAAAACAAAACGAUACCGUCAAGUCGUCCACAGUGGAUCUACGUAUUGACUUUGAAUAUGCAGAGCAAUUUCCAACUAAAACUUCGCUGUACUGCGUCAUCAUACGCGACUGUCAAAUGGAAUACAAUGCAUUCACCGGAGAAGUGCGCAAAUUGUAA